AGUUGAAGGGGAACAUGGCAGCAGGCAUCAGUGCUAAACAUGGAUUAUUGAGCAGUAAAACGGCACUUUAUCAUGCUUUGCACAGAAAUAUUCAACCUAACAAUGUUUGCGUCCAAAGAGCGGCGGAAAUACAAUGUGUUAGAGCGGCAACUAGCGCGACAACAGACUCACAGGCUAACGAGAAGUACUGUUUGGAGCUGGUCAGGUCCAGAGACUAUGACGGCUUUGUGUCUUCUCUCCUCCUCCCAGAGGAGGCACGGCGCUCCUCUUUGGCUCUGAGAGCUUUUAAUGUGGAGCUGGCACAGGUGAAAGACUCAGUUUCCCAGAAGACCAUUGGGUUGAUGCGAAUGCAGUUCUGGAAGACAGCCAUAGAGGAAAUCUACAGAGACGAUCCUCCGAACCAGCCUGUCAGUUCUGAGCUAUGGAGGGCAGUAAGGAAGCAUUACUUGACAAAGAGAUGGCUGCUGAGGAUCAUAACUGAGAGAGAGAAGGAUAUGGAGGACCGAGCAUACAGAAACCUCCAGGAGCUGGAGACGUAUUCAGAGAACACACAGUCAUCUUUGAUUUAUCUGCUGCUGGAGUGUUUAGGGGUGAAAAAUGUCCAUGCAGACCAUGCAGCGAGUCACAUCGGUAAAGCUCAGGGAAUCGUGACGUGCCUGAGAGCAACCCCUUAUCACAGCAGCAGACGGAAAGUCUAUCUACCUAUGGACAUCUGUAUACUGCACGGGGCUUCUCAAGAGGACUUCAUCCGAGGCAGCCGGGAGCAGAACAUCCGGGACGUUGUGUACGACAUUGCCAGUCAGGCUCAUGUACAUCUACAGCACGCCCGAUCAUUCAGCUCCAGCGUUCCAUCUGCUGCAACUCCGGCCUUUUUUCAGACGGUGGUGUUGGAAGACUACCUGCAGAGAGUGAGGAGGGCAGAUUUUGAUGUCUUUAACCCCAGUUUACAGAAGAGAAACCCGCUCCUCCCCUUCCAGCUUUACCUGCGGUCCUGGAAGAACACCUACUGACAUGGGCCGACUUCCAGGUCCUCCGUCUUUCUCGUCCUGCAGUGAGUCCAGAUCACGACUCAGAAACAAGAGACUAAAAACUCUCCUCCUUCCGCAGACCGCUCUGUCAUGACAGACUUGUUUAGAACCACUGUGCUGCCACUGAAGUCUGCGUCUUUUCCUGUAGUAUAAACCAACACCCACCAAUCACAUCUUCAGAAACAUGUUUCACCAAGUAUCUCAUCCUUUAUAUCAGUGUAACUCUUGGACCAGAUGUCUGCCAUUUUAAACAAGUGUUGUCUUAGAUUUGUGGUUGUUGCUGAUGUUUCUGUAAGUCACUGCAAAGUCAAGGUUGAUAUUUGUGGCACCCUGAAGAUGAAGUUUGAAACAGAAACAUCAGAAAAGUUUUACAACAAACAGACCAAGAAAAUCUUUUUCUUCUUAUAAAAAACAUCAAAACAUCGAUCAUGUUUUCCUUUGACUGCAGCCGCAUUCUGAAUCAGAAAUGGAAUUAUGCCAGUAUGGGAAUAUUUUCCAAAUAAAGAAGGGUUCUUGAAGGCCA